AGCAUGGUCAACCCACCGGUAUUGCUGACGUCAGUCUUCCGCGAACAGACCCGGAUGAAGCUGCCAUUGGGGGGAAGUGAACAGGGCUGCACAAUAACUGGGUUUUUUGGAGUACGAAAUAAUAAGCCGUAAAAAGAAGACACGACGGGACUUACGCUGAUAAUAUCUCCAAUCGGAUCAUUUGGAACUACCCAUGUACCUUAAAGCUGGAAUUCCGAAAAGACAAUAGACCUGGAUUGACAAAAUCUAGCAGUGGAACUUGUGUUGGGGAGUCGUGCUGUAAAAACACAGCUAGUUAGCUUGCUACUGUACUGGGAUCUAGGUGCUAAAGGAAACACGGAUUUUCGGAAGACAUUGUCAAGCCAGCUAGUUUCGAGGUUCUAAACGAAUCCGGAUUGUUUCUUGAUGAAUUAUGUCUACCACCAGCAUUGACCCUCAGACGUCUAAGGGACAAGAUGCAAAAGUUUUUCCUGUUUCAGUGCAAAAUGGCUCGCUCCAUCAAAAAGAAACUGUUCAUGAUAACGACUUUGAACCAUACCUCACUAGCCAGUCCAACCAGAACAACAGCUAUCAAUCCAUGACCGACCCCUACAUGUCCAGCUACUAUGCACCCUCCAUUGGUUUCCCCUACCCUUUAAGCGAGGCCCCGUGGUCGACCGGUGGGGACCCGCCCAUCCCCUACCUUGCGCCCUAUGCCCCGCUCAGCAAUGGCGACCAUCACUUCAUGCAUGACACCGUCUUUGGACAGCCGGGGGGGCUGGGCAGCAGCAUUUACCCCCACCGCUUUAACUUUUUCCCCGAGAACCCUGCCUUCUCGGCCUGGGGCACCAGUGGCUCCCAGGGGCAGCAGACCCAGAGCUCUGCGUACGGGGGCAGCUACAGCUACCCCCCCAGCUCCCUAGGAGGCACUCUGGUGCCUGAUGGCCAGACAGGGUUCCAUAGUGAAACACUGAAUAAGGCACCGGGCAUGAACAGCCUGGAGCAAGGCAUGGUGGGGUUGAAGCUGGGUGGCGACGUGACUGGAGGCGGAUCGGGAGUCAAGACGGUUGGUUCGGUGAUCGGUGGCGGGGCAGUGGCCGCGGCGGUCGCCACCGGCAACGGGGGCACCCCCAUAGGCAUGCCACCGCCAAAGCCCACCUCCUGGGCAGCCAUCGCCAGCAAACCGGCCAAGCCGCAGCAGCUGAAGGUGAAGGCUAAGCCCGGCAUGCCCAUGGCGGGAGGCGCCCUGCCGCCACCGCCCAUCAAACACAACAUGGACAUCGGCACCUGGGACAACAAGGGGCCUGUGACCAAAGUGGCUUCUCCCUUACCCCCCCAGCACCAGCAGCAGCAACAGCAGCCGCAGCUCCACUCCCACGGCCACUUGCCUUCCCCUCACAGCCUGCCGCCGCCCCCCCAGCAGCCCAUGCCCAACACCCAGUCCCUGGCCCAGCAGAUGGCCCUGCAGGGUCCGCCCCCGCCGCAGCCUUACCAGAACCACAACCCCAUGCCACCCCCCCAGACCCGCUGGGUGGCCCCGCGCAACCGCAACCCCGGCUACGGUGGUGGCAGCAUGGACAGCAGCGGCUCCUCUAGCGGAGGAGGGGUGGGGAACGGGGGUGUGGGUGGCGGCGGACCCCCCGGGUCUGGCCCGGGCACAGAGUCCCACCCGGUGCUGGAGAAGCUCCGCGCAGCGCACAGCUACAACCCCAAGGAGUUUGACUGGAACCUGAAGACGGGCCGCGUGUUCAUCAUCAAGAGCUACUCGGAGGACGACAUCCACCGCUCCAUCAAGUACUCCAUCUGGUGCAGCACGGAGCAUGGCAACAAGCGGCUGGACUCUGCCUUCCGCGCCAUGAAUGCCAAGGGUCCUGUGUAUCUGCUCUUUAGCGUCAACGGCAGCGGGCACUUCUGUGGCGUGGCCGAAAUGCGCUCGCCCGUGGACUACGGCACCAGCGCCGGCGUGUGGGCACAGGACAAGUGGAAGGGCAAGUUCGACGUGGACUGGCUGUUUGUCAAGGACGUGCCCAACAGCCAACUCAGACACAUCCGGCUGGAGAACAACGACAACAAGCCGGUCACCAACUCGCGCGACACGCAGGAGGUGCCCUUGGAGAAGGCCAAGCAGGUGCUCAAAAUCAUCGCUACCUACAAACACACCACGUCCAUCUUUGACGACUUCUCGCACUACGAGAAGAGGCAGGAGGAAGAAGAGGUGGUCAAAAAGACCUAUGAGCCUGCUCCUAUUCAGAGUCGCUCCCGGCUGGAUCAGGAACGCCAAAAUCGAAGUAAACAGUAGAAGACUGCGCCCCAUAGCUUGAUCAAUGGUUGUUUUAGGACUGACAUUUUCAAAUUGGAAUUUAAGAGGACAUGAAAGAAGAAAUUAUAAAACAUUAUUGAAAAAAAAACAAUCUUUGUUUUUCUAUUUAAUUCUGGUGAAUUCAGCCAGCAUCGAACUUAAGCCUCUUUCUCCUGGUCCCAAACCCCCCGAGCGCACCAGUCAUCGCCUAUCAAAUUGUUUUUUCCCCCCUCUCUUUCUCUCUUUCUCAGUAUGAUUUUCAUCCACACCUACUGCUCAUCCUUAAUGUUGACCAACCAAAAUAUGCACGUUGUCUUUUUGUUCUCUCAGCACAUUGCUCACAAGUCAAGUCAAUGAGUGCAAUUCAGCAAUUGUCAGGCCUAUGAUGUGUGAGUGUUUUUGGACAUGUAAAUGCAUUUUUGUGUCUUAGUCAGAGGAAAGGCAAACAUUUUGGGUGACCACGGUUAGGCCCAUCAAUGGGUUUGACCACAUCAAUAAAUUGUACCUGGCCAGUUUUAUUUUGUACAGCUGAGAGAUGUUUUUGUGUUACCUUUUUGUUAUCCACUUUGGAUUAAUAUGAGAUGUGUUGAUUUGGGCAGGGCCAGAAAGUUGAUCCUGCAACCCCAGACAAGGGACGGAGAGUGGUGUGACAUUAAGGUAUUGAUGUAAAAGAAAAAAAAUCUAUUUUUUGAAUCAUGUAACACAUGGCUUAUUACUUUUCUUGUGACAAACAGAAAUGUCAUGUCAGUGUGUCAGUAGAUUUUUUUUCCUGCUUGGAGCCUUAACAUUUACAAGCUAGUGUGUGUGGUCAACAUGGUGGGAUCUAAUAUACCCAAGUACCUCAAAUGAAACAGCACCAAGUUAUCAGGGAAACCGAGAAAAUCGCCCUCCGAAUCCUUAUCAAGAGAAAUCACCCUCAUCUCUCCAGAACGGUCUGAAGGACGAAUUGUGCCGCUCAAGUUAAGGUUAUGAGCCCCCAUGAUAAGAUUGUCAUGUUCGCCUGUUUUUUUGUUUUUGUUUUGUUUGUUUCUUUUUUCUCUUGGAAAAUGAAUUGUAACUUUUUACUGUUCCACCUGUACCCACCAGAGGUCGCUGUUUCUUUGUGUAAGUCAAUUUGGGGGAAAUGUAGCAUUCACUGCUUUAAAAAUCAAGUUUAGAUCACUUACAGUAUUUUGUUCUUUUCCUCUGUUAACAGAAAUGAGUUGUUUCUUUGCUUUCUUCCCCUCAUCAUCAGUAUAUUGCUAAGCUUUAACGUAGGAACAUAUAAUAACGAAGAACGCCUCAAAUGUGUAACCUGAAAAAUUAAUGUUACUGAUUUACCGUUAAAAGUAAGAAAAAAGAUUAUAUGGUUUCUGUGUGUGAUUUUUAGGACCUGCUUGCUGUUUUGUGUGUGCGUGUUUGUGUGUGGAAGAGAGGAUGUGUAUUGUGUGAGGGAAUCAGAUUUAUAUAAUCAUAUAACAAAUUCAUGAGAAUAUAUGAAAUACUAAAAAAUAUGAAGCAAAGUUAAGUCACCCCUGAAAUGAAUAUGCAUUGUAUCGAAGGUCACUAUCUAUCACGUUCUUAGAUUUGAUCAUGGUCAUUAUUAAAAUAAUACUAUAUGUUGUAA